AUGACCAAGGACUUCCUCAAUGGUUUCACAAUACCGAGAUGAAUGAUAAAUGUCACAGCGCAGCACAUUCAGGCUCAGACUCACUGAGCACCAUUCACUAUCAAACAUCCACCAGAGAGGAAGCACAAUGUAUGUGGGAGCAGUGAUCUACACGUUGUUGGAGGUGCUCGUCGCUGUCAGCUGCUGUCUUGGUAAUGUUCUGGUUGUUUUGGCGCUGUGGACCAGUAAAAGCCUUCAACAGCCCACCUUCUGCCUCAUUGUCUGUCUGGCUGUGGCCGACUUCAUGGUUGGCUGUGUGGCCAUACCGCUGGCUGUGAUGGGGAACGGACAAGUGACGACUUCGUUCCACGGCUGUCUCUUCAUCAACUGCGUGGUCGUCCUGUUGACCCACGUCUCAGUUUUGUGUCUCACGGCUAUUGCAGUGGACCGCUUCCUCCGGGUGUAUGUCCCGCUCAGGUACAAAAGGACAGUAACACAGAGACAUUCUCGGCUUGUGGUAGCAGCGUGUUGGCUUGUUGCAAUACCGCUGAGUUUUGCUCCCAUGUUCGGAUGGUACAACCACGAAACCUUGUCCAAGAAGUCAGUCAACUCUACUAUUGUCUGCCAGUUUACAGCUGUGAUCCCCAUGUCAUACCUGGUUUACUUCAACUUCUUUCUCUGCACCCUCACACCGCUGUUGGUGAUGACUGUGUUGUACGGCUACAUUUUUUGCAUCAUACGAGGAAACCUUCGAGAGAAACCAGGCAACGGUCCCCAAAAACAGUCUCAGAACGACCUGAAGAAAGAGAGGCAGCUGGCCGGGUCUCUGUCUCUGGUCUUGGCUCUGUUUGCGCUGUCCUGGCUCCCUCUCCACAUUAUGAACUGCAUCGUUUACUUUGGUGAGCUGAAAGAUGUACCAGACAAAGCUUUCUAUGUUGGCAUCCUGCUUUCUCACGCUAACUCGGCUGUAAACCCAGUCGUGUACGCGUUCAAAAUACAAAAGAUCAAGACGGCGUACCUGAAGCUCUGGAGGGAGUUUAUCGCAUGGGGAGAAGAAAACCAAGGAACUCAGACAAGCCAGACGACAGACAACAGCAACGUGAAGAGCGUGGCCAAAAAUGAGUGAAGGAAGUUUUCCUUGUUUGUUUGUUUCAGGAGCAGGUUUGAUUAACUCUCGUGCACAAUGAAACAUUUAAACAUAUUAACAUUGUGUGAAAGUUUAUGAAGGCAGUUACAGUAUGUGAAGUGUAUUGAUGAGGAUGAUGUUCUGUGUGUUCAUACAGUAAGCACAGCUGAAAGUUCUGUUAUCUGGCUAUCAUUAUUGUUAUCUUUGGCUCAGGAAUGAGGGUGAGCAUGCAUGUGUGACUGUUGUGAAAAAGCUGUCUUGCAGAGUAAUGGAGCAACUUCCACUUGUCUUUAAAGCUUUGGUUUAGUUUUAUAUCACUGUUGUUUUUUUCUGUUUCAGUUCUUCAUGUCCUUUUCAACAGAAAGAACACUGUUGGAAAUCACCUUCACUAAAAAUAGAAAACAACCUCGACACUAGAGGUCAAUUUAAACAUGAUUGUCACUUAGCUAACAUUCGUUGUGCUGCGUGUACACUUCAAACCCAAGUACAAUCUUGUAUAGGUCAGAACAGCUGUGAGCUGCACGGCAGACAUCUGUUAAUAUUUCGUUCUCCUGUGGAAAAGGAAGUAGAGGAAAACCCAUUUCAAAACAUUGCAGUCUAACACAACACCACAAAAUACAACCACAAAGAUGAUUAAGAGUUGAGUUAACUAAUCUCUCUUUCACAAAGGUAGCGUUUAGGUGGGGCGACUGGCUCAGAAGGUAGAGCGGGUCGUCCCUCAAUCAGAAGACCGGCGGUGCGAUCCCCGAUCCUUGUCGAUGUGUCCUUGGGCAAGACACUUAACCCCAAAUUGCUCCCGAAGGCUGUGCCAUUGUUGUGUGAAUGGUUGGUUUGUUCUGAUGGGCAGGUGGCACCUUGCAUGGUAGCAUGUAUGAAUGGGUGUGUAUGGGUGAGGGACAUGUAGUGUUAAAGCGCUUUGAGUGGUCGAAAGACUAGAAAUGGACUUGCUAUACAAGUACAAGACCAUUUGCCAUUUAUUGCAGAGCUGUCGGAUGGCAUUUGCAUUGUACAGAUGAUCAUGGUUUUCAAUAUCGGCAAUACAUAAUGAAAUACUGAGCUACUGAUGUAUUUUUAACAAGCAUUCUUAAGAGUAAGUCUCAAGAGUAAGUCUUUGAGAUAAUCAUGCAGGUCUAUUAAAUUGAACAAUAAAAUCUAACCUGAAAUCUAUUUUUUUUUUAAUUCAAAGAUGAAUACAACUUUUUCUUUGACUCAUUAUUUAUUUAAUUAUGCUGACGUUUGUUUGUCUUAAGUUCUUAUUUCAGAAAUUCUGUUGAUGUCCCACAUUGUUUCUGUAGGUAGUGGACUGUAUGUUAAUUCGAUUUAUUGUGAGAUCUUUACAGGUUUAUAGUUAGUUGUGUGCUAGUUAGCCCUUUUUUCAUUUUCUCACUUUGAGGGAGGAUUCACACCCAAAAGUCUAGUUCUGCUUUCAUGCUACACCAGUUACAGAGAAUGAGCCAAACAGCGAGCUGCUGGCUGCUGUCUCAAAACAGUCCGUCCGUCCCUCCCUGCUGCUUCCUAGCUGUGGGGAGUGAUGCGGAGGGACAAUGAGGUGCGCUAGCUAGCUAAAUAUUUUCUUAUUUGUGGUCUGAUAAACAGUAAAUGUAUGAAAUUCAGUGGGAACAAAUGUGCAAAUAGGCUACUAGUUAAACACUCACCAAAACAAGAAAGCAAACAUUUCUUUUACAAUAAAAUUACAUAUAAAUGGUAUGCUUCCUGUGAUUGGUUGGAGUGGUUUUCACACCAGAAAUGAACUGCUCCAGAGUUCAUUUGAUAGCGGUCCGAGACCACCUCUUUGACGCGGCCCAGAGAGCGUUUGUUUGGUCCAAGCUGGAGUCCGAGUUGUGCAAACCGCACCAAGGGGGUAAACGCUUCAGGGAUCAGUUGAGCCAGACCAAAUAAAGCAGCCUCAGAAUCUAUUGUAUAUACCACUUUAUUUUCUUCUGUAGGCUACAUGCAGCAUGUCAUGAAUCUGAAGUCAAAUUAAACUUGUUUAUUGUUGAUGAAUACAGUCUUUAAAUGAGCAUUUACUUUCCUGCCAUAAAUAGUUUUAUGUAGUUUAUGUACAAGCCACUAUUAUCAGCCAUCAUAUGUAAAAAUGAAUUUCUGUGCACAUUCAAACUCUGUUUGCAUAAUUUAGCUCAAUAACAGUAUAUUAUUUGGAAGAUCUUACACCACAACUUCCUUUUCCAUUUCUGCGUGUGUUUGACACAGCUAUCUAACAGAAAGUAAACUGAUAUCAAUCUAAUAUUAAUCCUUUAAUCUGACUUCUUUUGCUAACUUUUUACACACUUGGUUUAUAGAGUGAUUAAUUUUAUAUCCUUUUAUAACCUCAGUCAUAAUUCCAAACUGCCUUGACCGGUAUCUCUUGCUGUCCAGUUAAUAAGAAAUUCAAAUGUAAUACUUAAUAAAAUGCUACUCCCACAUUUGUGAAGGUUACAUACAGUUUUAUUGAUUUUCAUACAGUUACAAUCAUAAAGUUUCAUAAAGUUAGAAUCCCCAUCUCCAUAUCUCUUUAUUUAUGCAGAACUUUUUAAAAACAAAGUUAUACAGUGCUUUACAUGCUUGAACCAAGAUUAUAACAAUUUAGAACUGAUAAAUAAAAUAUUACAAAAAUAAAAUGGAAUAAAAUACCCAACAAUAAAUAGGUAAAGCAGUAAACUGGUAUGGCCUGUUGGAAGUUUGAUACUUGUCCAAGUAGCAUAGAGUUGUGCACAGUCAUCCCGUGUGUUGUUGCAUCAAAUUAUAUCCUUAUCAAAUUACCACCAUCAAAUACCAUCUUUAAAUAUGCAUUCAAACUUAAUUCUGAUUCUGUUUUCGCAAAACACUUUUGUAAUGAGGCACAUUACCAGCAGCACAUUAAUGACUGUAGGUCUUUGUCCUAUGGACUGCCUCAAACUUCUCUCAGACAAAACUUUAGUCCUGCAGUUAAGACUGACACAGCUCUUAAAUUUCAGGGUUUCUCCUAACUCUACCAGCUCGGAGCUUCUUUCAUCACAAGGAUGUCUUGUGAAAAUUGUCACAGAUACACAGUUCCCAAAACUUCCAGAGUGAUUUUUAUUUCUCCAAUUUCCAGAGUGAUGGUAGUCUUUGGCCACAAGAUGGCAUCAGAGUGGCUCCAACGCCACUCGUCCAAUGUGAGUGAGCUUCAUUCCAAGCACUCAUUGUACCUCUCAAGGAAGGUAAUUGGCUGUAUAGUUAACCCCUGAGUAGGAUUCACUCCAUCCCACAAACUAUACAACCUACUACCUCACCUUGCUAGGCUCAACUUCAGGCACCAAUAAAUGACUCAAUAUGUGCUAACUUCAGUACAUCUUAGAAGAGACCAGUCCAUCAUUGUCUCGUAAAGUCGUUGUGUCCACAGUCUUCUCCUCAGACGUGAGGCACGGAUCAUUGCUUAUUUUAUUUUUUUUAAUAAGCAUGCUUUUUAUUGGUUUCUGAAGAAAAAUGACUACAACAACCUAACAACAACAACAGCAAUGACAUAUAAUAACCAAUAACCAGAUAGUUACUGCAGACUAAAAACUAUUCAAAAAGGAGGGAUCGGGUUCUCUCUUAAUCUACUUUACUCCAUGUGUUGGUGAGUUCCUCUGUUCCCGGAGCCUCCCGAGUGCAUCCAGAGCACCUCUCCACAGCAGAUCAACCUGUCUCCUUAGGAAAGACAGUAGACUGUAUAGUUAUCUCAGAGGGAGGACAGGGACCCCACAACUAUUCAAUCUACUACCUCAGCCUUAAGGACAGACGCUUUUGCAGGGAGCAGUGGAAGCUUGUCGGUCCAACUGUGAGACACAAAUAGAGAGCGAUUAGGUGAGGUUUUAUUCCACUUGGGGCAAACAACAGUUGAACAUUUUUUUUUUGUUGUGUCUGGGCCAAGAUGUGAAGCAUGGUAUCAUCUUAGAUUAUAUGUAGUAGCAGCACUUCACAGAAAGUAGACUUUCAAAGAAUUUCCUGUGACAUUUUGUAGAAAGCUACUGGAAUUGCUUUGAUAAUACUAGCAUGCACACGUACACUGGUAAACAACAUUAUUCAGAAGACCCACCCCACCAUGAAAUCAGGUAGUCUGGUAACAGUUUUAUCAGGAAUUACCUUCUAGGAGCAAUUUCCUCUCCAGACUCACCACAUCGUAGCCUGAGUUGUAAAAUCAAGGUUUGGUUAAGCAGACUCUCACCAGCCUGACUGUGCUACCGUGUUAAUGUAAGUGUUCUUCAGUAUCUGAUCACUUACACUGGUCUGUGUGAAUAUAUCUGGCCGGUGUUGAAGAACUACAGGUGACGGAUACACUGCACACAAUGCUGCUUUCUCAAUGACAUUGACGAGGAAAUACUAUUUGUCACCGCAGAGAGCUUAGUUUCAUGGAAACUGGCUCAUAAAGAAGGACAGCUGUGCCAGGAACUAGUACCUAUUUCACUCUUAAACUUCCCAACAGACUGAAAAAGUUGCUUGGUUUAAGCACCGCCCCCCCUAGUUUAGUCCCUUCUGUCUCAACAACCAGAGAGCGAAGGGAGAAAGAUGGAAAAUGGCAGUACCUCGGCCAUUUUAGGGAGUCGUUUGGCACCCGAACCCAACAUCUGUGGUGCAACCUGUUAACUUCUGCCUCCUCCUUCCAAUCCCAAUCCAUAAAAUAGACUUGUUUGUUGACCUCCAAAUAAUGCUACGAGUGGCUGAAGGAAUUGCGUCUUCAUCAUUUAUUUCAGAGAGGUGGUUGUUGCUGCAGGUUUGACUUCAGAUUAUUGCCCUUUUAGCUCAGUGUGAAAGCCACUUCAAGUCCAUUGAAAAAAAAAAAAAGUGUGCCGUGCCAGCUAGUCUGGGACACAAGCUGGGCAGAGCUGUCUGGGCCCCGACAGAGCCUCAUUUUGGCCCCAGACACUGUUAUGGUAGACGACGAUGGUCGACCCAUGCAAAGGCUGGGCCGCUUUGCAUAAAUUAGCAUGUGAACCACCACGGUGGCUGAAAAGCGGCUGGGCAGUUCGUUAACAUUCUGAAUUCCUCUUUGGCCUAAUUAAUGCCGACAGUGAUUGAAAUGUUUUGGCCGGCUGUGCGGCCUGCGGUGCCAGGGCAUGCUCAUUUGGGCAGAAUGAAAAAGGCACAAGGGCAUCAGAGAGUGGGAGGCCUUAAUUGAGAUGUUGAAUUAAUUAGACGGUAAAUGGUAUCAAACUACUCUAACUGGCUGGCCAACGCAGAGGGGAUGGAGUGAAGCGGGAGUGGAUUCAACUCUUUGUACAAAAAGAAGUUGUGUGGACUUCAAACUAAAUUUAGUUUAGUGGAUUGAUACCUGCUUAUCCGUGUUAAGUAAUUAAACCGCUAAAAAUAAAUACACACAAGUAGGUUUUGCAUUGUUUCAUUAAAUUAUCAGCAGUCCGUCUGAUUCAAGCGUCCGUUCUUACCUUGAUUGUUUCCAAAUAUCCUGUUCGUGAUUGUGCAUUUUACCAAAAACUGUCCUAGAGGUAAACACCAAUCAGUAUCUCCGUUAUGAUCCGGUGGGUGGGUUGGUAGAACUAAAGCAAACGCUUUUCUUUUUUUUAACACCCGGAAGUGAUGGUUUGACUUUCUCGCUAUAUCCGUAAGCUGCUGAUGAUAAGAAAAUGGCUGCUCUGUUGCAGAGUAUAACAAAGGAGUAAUGUUAUCAAUCCGUGACGUUCAUGUAAGACUCACUCAGAACAGUCAACACGGUCGUUCACCGCUGCUUCAGAGCCGAGGGCAACUCGUCUUAAUGGCGAAGGUUGGACUUAUCAAAGAUAUCCAUGUUGUUAAACUGCGAAUUUAGUAGAUGAAGGCACAAAAAAAAUAUAUACCCAUCACAAGUUGGCGUCGGUCCAUGAUGAUCGGCGGAGUAACGACUGUGAGGGAAAAAGACUGAGGUUGGUUCUCUUGAGCGGCUCUCUCCAAUAUUUGGUGCCAAGAAAUGGGCAUUGUCUGCGUGCCAAGCUGAUUCUCAAUGAGACAAAAAAAAAGGGGGUGAUGCCGUGGAUGCAGCAUUGCAGAACCCACCACCGAGGGGGGAGGAGAGUGUUGGCAGCCGAGCAAUGAGAGGAUGCCAUGUCAGAAAGCGGCUAUGAUACCACACAAUAAGGUAUGGUGGCAUAGCCUGCCGCCACAUGCUCAGUGCAACGUGAGCUAGGUGUUCGCACAUCUUGAGAAAGGUCCUUUGUUCCCAAAGCACACUUUGUCCAUAUGUUGGGUAACUGGUUAUGUUUUGUACGAGCCCGAGGUUUCACUUGAAUCUCUUCAUCUGUGAUGCAGCCUGUUCAAUACACUCAGGUCAGCAGGAGUUUACCGCUGGCUAGCAGGCCGACGUCCUUAUUCAGAACAUCAUUUACAAAUUAAUUAUACUUUCAAUAAGGGGUGUGGCAAUAUACCCUUAUUGACUAUAACAGUGAUAUUUAUUAAUUUAAAUAUGUUAAUACUAUGUAAAUAAUCCAUCCCUUAAUGACUUAACGACGAUGUAAUGGUGGCAGAUGUUAGGCUUUGUGGAUGUUUUUGUUCAUCAGUCGCUAUGGUGGCCUUUUCACUGUCCGUUAGUGUAAUUGUUCUUUUUGUACAGUUAUGAUUACAGACUCUCUCUCUCUCCACCUCCUCACACUUUUGAGUAUAUAUUAUAUUAUUAUUUUGAGUAUAAUCCAUUUGCUGGAAAUGGGACAAAAUGCACAACAUACAAAGUUAAAGCGAAAUUUAACUGAUGCCAUUGUUUGUUUGUUUUUACAUUUUCGAUAGAUAUCACGAUAAUAUCGUUAUUGUGAAUUAUUUUGGCCACGCUAAUCGAUACCACCACAGCUGUAGUUUCAAUGGAGCAUAAAAUAACUGAACUAUAGUACUAUAUAUUUUCUUACAAAAGUACACGCACAUCUUUUAUUCCUGAGAAACAAAGUAAGACGCGUGUGAACGUAAAUUAGUACCAACCAGUUUAAACCAAUAAUAUCAUGACAUUCAUCCAUCAAUACACAUACAGACCUCUGUAGCUCCGUAUCGCACUACAUUUGAAGCUCGUCCACUUUUUAGCGGUCCAACCCGGAGGCAGGACGUUUGAUUUAAAUCCCUCUUGUAACUGUACACGGUUACACGGCAGUACAGAAGCUAAAGACGCUCUACCUUCUGUUUCUCUAAGAUUCUAAUCUUACGACCCUUUUGGGGGUCCAGACCCCGGGCUGGGAACCACUGCACUAUUUAAUAUCUGGUCCCAAUUAGAAAGAAAAUAGCCCCUUAUAUUUAGUCAGGAUGUCAUU